UUUUAUUCCCUCUGGUUUGCAGAUAAUAUGUUGCACUUUCUGCUUCUUACGUAGUUCUAUCUCUGCCUUUUUUUUUUCCCCUUGGUUGGUUUUGAUUCUUGAAAAUGGAGAUGAGGGAUAUAAAGCCCGUUUUAACCGCCGACCAUCACCUCACGGCCUCUGCUUCUUCCUCACCGGCACUCCCAUUUUUUCCCGGCGAGAAUGUUUCCGAUGAUUCCACCUUCUUCUCGUCUCCUGACAGCACUAUUCUUCAACCAUUAAUCCCUUUGCCUUAUGAGUACUUCUCAACUUCGCUGUCUCCAAAUUUCUACGCCGAUGAUUAUCCGCCACUUGCGUACGAUACGCCGGCCCAUCAUUUUCUCCAGUUCCCUGAUAAUUUCUCUUCUUCCUCCUGCUCAGCUCUCACUUCGCCUCUCUACCUCGAUUCACAGGCUGCUUUUGACUCCAAUAUUAACUUACUUGACUUCUUCUCCAAACCAGCCCCAGAUCUCUUCUGCAAUCCGGGAACCUCCUCCUCCUUUACUCACUUACCCCAUCUUCACUCAAUCGAACAUGCACAACUCAACCACUCAUCUUCUUCCUCAUCCGCUCGUAACAAACGAGCUCGCUUCGACUAUGCAGCUGCCAGUUCAUCGCAGAGCCUCGAUUCAAUCCUUCAGAGCAACUUCAACUUCCAGAGCUACACCUCAGCUCCACCUUCGGUCACUCCUUCAAAUGAACUGCCUCGGCAACGGCGUCCAAGGAUCAGCGACAAGACUCGGUCCCUGCAAAAGUUAAUGCCCUCCGACAAGAAAAUGGACACGGCAACCCUGCUCGAGGAUGCGUACAAGUACGUGGAGUUCCUCCAAGCGCAAAUCAAGGCUCUCCAGUGGAUGCCGGUAGGCUCAAGCUUCAGCGGCACCGGAGGCGGGGCUCUGACCGAGGUCGGUGCUGGAGUUAACAAUAAUGUACUGGGUUCGCUGGAGACGUUGAAUAGACAGCAGCUGUUGCAGGUGAUGGUGAACUCUCCGGUGGCCCAAACCAUGCUUUACUCUAAGGGAUUCUGCGUUUUCUCUCACGAGCAGUUGCUUCUACUCCGGCGGAUUGCGCAGAAGAAGACGAGUCUUCUCGAACAGAUGCUGUUUGAUCCUUCGAAGAGUUGUCGGUGAAAGAGAUGGCGGCAUCGCGGGUGAGUUUCUUGUUCUGGGUCAUUUUCAUAUUAUGGCGUUUUGAUCAGAGACGACUGGUGUUUGGCACGGUAGAAAAUGGUAAGCUUUCACUUUUUGGUUUCUUUAUUUACGGACAGAAAAUUAAUAUUUUACCGAGUUAUUAAUACUACAAGUAGACGAUGCUGUGAAGUUUUAGUUCUGGAAA